CAAGCACCACACUAUGGACGACAAGAAGGACGAGGUGAUAGCCGGAUACGAGAGGAAAUCCACGGAGCUUAUGGAGUAUCUAAAUAAGCUGGAGGUGGCCUACGAGAAGCUCAAGCAGGAAGGGAUAGACAAGGAGAAUUUGCUCAAUGGCCACAAGUCAGACCUCCGGGACCAACUGGAUGCCGCAAACCAGACGAUCAAGAGGCUAGAGCUCGAGAAGGCCGUGGUGAUCAAAGAGAGGGAUUUUUGGCAGAGGUUUUCGGGAGCUCCACGAACUUCUACCCGGCCGGCUUGCACUUGCAAACAACCUACGUGCUGCUUACAGAUACAUUGAGAAGCUGUUCUUGGGCUUGGAUGGUAAACUUCUUCCAGCAACAGGUUUCUGGAUAUCGGUUUUAGAUCGAACCACAGGCCACGGGGAAAUGGUUUGCAAUACAACAGGAAAAAUGGUGCUCAGAACUAGAUUCCUCGGGCUUCGGUGAAUCACGGAUGGUUUCUUCUUCCAACAACAUAGGUUUUAGAUCAAACUACAGGAAAAUGGUUUGCGGGAAAAAUGGUUCUCAGGACUAAGUAGAUAUUGCAGGGAAAAUGAUCUACAGACUUCUUUAGAUGGCUCCUCCAAGAUUUUCACGGGAAGGGUUUAGGGUUUUGGAGCUCAGAGUUUGACAACAAUGGCCAGCACCAGCAAGGCCGAUCUGAUACUCAAGAAGCGCGCGCUGGCAGCGGCAGCAUUUCAAAGGGUACCACCAGUCCGCAUUCCUGAUCUGCUGCAGUCCCAAGUCGAGAGACUCUUGCGAGAGCAUCCGGAGGUUGAUAUAGACAAGUCGAUCACUCGCAUGGAGGCAGUCAAGUCGUUCUGGGCCGACGAGGAGCUGGCUUGCUCGAGGCAGCUAAGAACUCUCAACCCCGGUGCACAGAAAGAGAAAGUCAAGUCCUGGAUUCUGGCAACGGAGCAAGGCCCUGUCAAGUAUCUUAUGGAUGAUGCAGUUGCCUUUGCCGCAAGAAGCAUGCCAUCGACUUAUGCUGCACUUUAUCGUGUGCUUUCCGAGGUGAAACGACGAAUUCCAGACUUUCGACCUCGGCAGGUUCUUGAUUUCGGGAGUGGACCUGGAACGAGCCUCUGGGCAAUUCGAGAGUUAUGGCCGGAACAGAUGAAGACAGCUUUUCUCAUUGAAACUUCUGCAGCUAUGACAAGUGUAUGUAAAUCUCUUGCCGAAGGGGUCGAAACCAUGCCGCUGCUGAAAUAUCGAACUGUCCUCCCAAAUGCAGGACGGAGUCCAAGGAGGGACGAGAAGACGAACGACCUUGUUAUAUGCUCAUUUGCUAUGAACGAGGUGCCUUCGAUGGCUCAUAGGAUGGCCGUGGUAAAUUAUCUGUGGACACUUACUCACAACAUGCUGGUGAUCAUCGAGCCGGGGACCUUGCAUGGAUCCGCACUUGUGCGAAGGUUGCGCGACCGCGUCAUGACAACCGAGAACCACAGAGUGCGUGGUCAGUAUAGAGGCUUAUACUUGCCGGCGUCGGACCCCAAAGCUCACAGCGAUCUCGGUGCGCAUGUCGUUGCGCCGUGCGCGCACGACGGUACUUGCCCGAUGAGUAGGAAUGUGAAUGGAGGGAUUUGCGGCCUCAUCCAAGCUAUCCAAGCACAGGAGGCCAAAAAGCUUGACAAGGUGUCAUUCUCGUUCGUUGUGAUGCGUCGAGGCUUCAGAAAAUGGGGAGCUUGGCCUCUGGAUAGAUACAAAGAAGGAGCUCCUGUUGUAGAACCAUCACAGGAAGACAAGGUGGCAAAUCUCCAAGGCGGAUGGAUGAGAAUCGUGAGGCCUCCCACAAAGCUGGGCAAUGGAAUCACGGUCCCGGUCUGCGUUCCUACGGGAAGAAACGCCACCGACGCGAGCUUGGAAGACAUCAAAGUCACCAAAGACAACAUCGCAAUGUACUCACUGGCGAGCGAAGCCGAGAUGGGAGACCUGUGGCCGAGAUAAGCAAAGCUCUUAUAUUCUACGCGAACGAGAAGUAAGAAACUUUCUACUUCACUCUCUCACUCAUGCUCUUCAUUCACGAUCUACUUUGUCUUUGAUAUCCAGCCGCAAUCUAUAUCUCGUCUGGAGCUCGUCCACUUCCUUGGAGCUGGGAGUGAAAACCCAGCGCUUGAACUUCCGGAUCGAGUUUUGGAUCUGGGAGGGGCAGAGAAAAAUCCGGAAGAAACCAUCAUCGGCAGCAAAGAAUGUGGCAAAGAAGAAGCUCGCAGUCGCUGCUUACCCCGGA